AGCCAGCUUCACAAUCAACGCCAGCACUGCUCCAGUAAACCCUGCUAGGACCACCAACCUCCUAAUCUCGCUCACGUCGUCGUCCAUCUGCACACGAAACAAAACAAAAAAAAAAUUUAUCUAUAUAGUCCUCGGACGUCGGAUGUAUUCUAAAGAAGUUUGAGAUAAAAGAAAAAUAGAAAUCCCGAUAAAAGGAGAAAUCUCGACUUAUGGGGGACAGCUAUCCAAGAGUCUACCAAACUAUUUACUGGAUCAUGUGAAUGCACCUUCGUUAGCAUCUCACCAAAUGCUUUACAUUAGCAUGUUCUUUCACAUAAGAGAAAAAAAUCGUUCUGUCUCGCACAACCAUUAUUGUAAAAUGCAUUACUUUUAAACAUAGUAAGUUUAAUUUGAAAAAGUGAUAGUAAAGUAGGUGAAAGUAACGAAUAUGGUAAGAGUAGACGAAACCGCGCUAAAAUACGGCUGUAGGUAGGAGAAUGUCAAUUGAAUAAAAAAGACAUGUUCUUUGAACCCAGGGUGGAUGAAAAUUUCCAGUAAUAUUUUUUUACACGACGACAACAAUUGUUUCCCCUUAGUAAGCGUUCGCCAUAAAGUAAAUUUUAAUGUUCUUAAAGUCAGUGUCCACAUUCUUUAGCAGGCUGCAAUUUUCAGCUACUCUUCCCCAGAAGCUAUCGGGAACAUUACAAGGACAAAGAACAAAGUUUCACAGUCAUCAGCUUACAGUUAGUCAACCCAACAUGAAAAUUAAGCUACUACCUGCACUCCAGGAUAAUUAUAUGUACCUACUUAUUGAUGAUACUACCAAACUUUGUGCUGCAGUUGAUCCUGUUGAUCCAAAACUGAUUAUGUCUGCUGUGCAAGAGGAAGGAGUGUCACUUACCACUGUAUUAACCACACAUCAUCAUUGGGACCAUGCUGGUGGUAAUGAGGGGCUUGUAAAAUUAGCUCCUGGCAUUGAUGUUUUUGGUGGUGAUGAUCGAAUUCCUGCAUUGACACAUCACGUUUCCCAUGGUGAUGAAUUUAAGCUUGGAAGUUUAAAUAUUAAAUGUCUUCACACGCCUUGUCAUACCACCGGCCAUAUCUGUUAUUUUGUAACUAGCAAUGAUGAACACCAACCUGCUGUGUUUACUGGGGAUACUUUGUUUAUUGGAGGUUGUGGCAGAUUUUUUGAAGGAACACCAAAUCAAAUGUAUAAUGCUUUGGUGAACAUUCUUGCAGCUCUACCAAAAAAUACGCAUGUUUUCUGUGGACAUGAAUAUACUGUAAAUAACCUCAAGUUUGCGGCUCAUGUUGAGCCCCAAAAUGAAGCUGUUCAAGAAAAGGCAUUGUGGGCAAAGGAGCAAAGGUCUCAGAGCAAGCCAACCAUUCCAUCAACAAUUGGAGAAGAGCUUCUAUUUAACCCAUUUAUGCGAGUCAGAGAGGCAUCUAUACAGAAGUAUGCGAAUCUUACUGAUCCUAUUGAAGUAAUGAAGUUUAUUCGUAUAAAGAAGAAUAACUUCAAAGGUUAAUAUCCUUUAUUUGAAUUUAUAUGUGACAUAUAACAAGCUGUUGAUUUAAAUUUUGUUAUAAUCUGUGUUUCAAUAAAGAUUUUUAAGGAAUUA